UUUAUUCUUGGUCUUUGAGUUUGAGAGCUGCACAGUACGGUACAGAGUGUAGUAUAACACACGACUGCCAGUGGCAGAGAAAGUUCAGCUCAGUUUUUAGGCAACCUAUAAAGGAGACCCAGGAGGAGGAAAAUAUUACCCGUAACAUUACGGAUGAAUGCAACCCCCAAACGGGCCCGGAUAGUACGGACACUAUUUUUACGGAAACGGAAGAACACAUUGCAGACGGAUUUACUUCGGUCGAACAACAGGUGGAACCAUGUCGUCCGGGAGUCAGAAUGCAGAUACCCAUAGGCCAACGGUGCCGAAGGGCAUAAUGACGCAGCCAGUAACUGGUUCCAUGAUUGAUAGCCGAAAUGUCUACAAAGUGUCACCUACAAAGCCUGUCGUUACUGUCUCACAGCAACAGGACAUAGUGAAGAUAAGACUCACAAAAGAUGAGAGUGGAACUGGCAUUGGGUAUACAAAAUCGAUCAUCACUAGUACCCAUCCGUUAGAAGGUAAUAGAGCUAGUACUAGCAAGUCUCAACCAUCUCUAACUAUGGUUGAUAAGGAUAAACGACAAACAACCCCAACCAUCAAAGCGUACUUUAUCAAGAAAUCGCCGGCAACUGCCGAACAAACUCCCCAAUGCUCUGUGUCCAAAGGCGAAUCCAACGCAAAAAGCAUUAAAAACCUCCACUUUGUUUCAGAUAAAACUGACAACAGAACUACGCCACAAAAAUUGAACAUAAAUCUAGCACAGCAACCCACAUUACAGCUCAAAACCGCUCAAAACAAGAUAGUGUUGGUCAAAAUGCUUCCGAAAAUGCCACAGAAUGGCCCCCAGGUUAUUACGGCUCCGACUGUGAGAAGUAGUAUUUCACCUACAACGCUUGCCCUGGCUAGAAGUGUUCAAGGUUUGCGGCCUAUCGCACAUGUUGGGUCAAUCCCGAUUUCCACCGUUGCAUCACUUGCACCGACCACAAGCCUUCCAGAAAAGAAGGAACCUUGUGCAAACCAGCAGGUUCAGAAGACUGAGAGCAACUCUUUGUCUUCGUUGUCUUCUUGUUCGACAUUAACCACAACCUCAUCCUCGAAUACGUCAACUUCUGCUUCUACGGAAACCGAUAGUAGCAACAAACAGAUCAGCUCCCCGACUCCAUCUGACGACUCCAACGAAAAGGAACAACCGGAAGAUCUCCAAGCACACUCAACGAUAGAAAGCGAGAACCCCGAUGAAAGUAGCAGCAUCGGAACCGGAAAUGCGCGGAUGUCUCGCGAAAUGAGAUGUUUGAAGGCCUCUCAAAGCAGUUCGAAAAUUCUUACCGAGUUUAUGUUGGAUUCAUGUUCGUCGGAGAAGCUGAGAAAACGACGCCGCUCGCGAGUCGAAGGCGAGGAUAGCCGCAGUUGUGGCAGCUUGACUCCUACCUCGCAAAAGCGAUAUUCCAUGUCAGGGCGUGACGACGACGAGCUAGAUGAUGACAAGGGUAGUCCUUCCUCGAGCUUGAAACGUUCAGGAAUGCGCUCGGCUAAUGCUGAAUUUUCAAUGAAGCAAAAGAAGUUCCUCAACAGUAUCCUUCAACAUAGUGAUGGAUCGGAUAAUUCCGAUAACGAAGGAGAUCGGCAUAGCGUAUCUAAGGAUGCUAGAAGAGGAACCGAAUUGCAGAUACCGGUUGCACCGAAGCUUGGGUGGGAUAAGUUCUGUUGGCGAUGCAAGACGUGUGAACCGGGCUUAGAAACCUGUGCCGGUUGCAUCCGCUGUUUCCAUCCGGUUUGUCUCAAACUAAAUCCGGCAUUCUUUAUUGUGGAGAAAAAAUGGAACUGUCCCGAGUGCAUCAAGGCACAUUCUACGAACGACGAGGAUUCCGGUGAUAAACCGGUGAAGGACAGUAACCUCAGAAUUGAGAGUCUCACCGUUUCGCUCAAGUUUGCAAUGAAGCGAAUGCAGCAGCUGAAAGGGAGCUCCAUUCUGAACCCGCUAGAUAAGGAGCAGUUUCCAAAUUAUGAUCAUUUCGUAACAAACCACAUCGAUCUCACAACGUUACAGAAUAACGUCACCGAUCAAAAGUACAACUCUACUGAAGCAUUUCAAGCGGAUAUCAGUUGGAUAGUCCACAACGCUACCAUUUAUCCAGUGAACAAUAAACUACUUGCGAUCGCGAAGGGAUUGAUGAAAAUCUGCAAACAGGAAAUCAACGAAAUAGAAGCCUGCAACGAGUGUUACUUCAAUGCCAAUACCAGUAAAACUUGGUUCACCGAAGUGUGCAGUAAGCCCCAUUUGUUGGUGUGGGCUAAGCUGAAAGGUUUCCCGUUUUGGCCAGCAAAACUGAUGUCCGUAAAUGUCAACCAGUUGGCUGACGUUCGCUUCUUUGGGGACCACGACCGCGCUUGGGUACCCAUCAAGGAAUGUUUUCUGUUCUGUGAUAAAGACCCAAACACAAAGUUGCAGCGCCGUACGAACAUGGCAGAAUGUAUGCGCGAAGCUGAAACGUACAUUGCAAAGCUGAAGAAAAAGUUUGGAAACUUCAGCUACGCUGAGUUUCGAACACAGAUCGAACCGGGUAAGCUCGAUGAACACCUAGAAGCGAUGAUACCGGGUGUAUUGAAGAAACUGGCAGAAAACGGGGAUUCUCAGAAAGCCAAAUUGAUGCUCAAGAUCAUCAAGACGGCCGAUAACUUCCUCUCGGUUUCGCCUAUUUCGCUCAGUCCUCCAAUUACAUCCACACCUAAGGGUAAACAAAGAGAUAGCGUAUCACCGGAUAAAAUCAGGGAGAUAUUCGGAAGCCCCAAGGAUAAGUCAACUGAGGAAUCACCGAAAAUACGUUUAGAGUCAAUCCAGAUAAAAGAUGAAAUUCGUAAUUCAAUAUCUACACCCGAUCCUGUGGCGAAUCCUACGCGAAUUUACGCCACGAGGAAACGCAAAAGCAGCAUAAGUGAUGAUGUAAAAUCAAAAGAAGCGAUACCGGAUGCGCUACGCGAACCCAGCAAAAGAAUCAGUCGUCUCCGGACCAGCACAGCAAGUAAAGUUAAAGACGAUGAUACUAGUUCGAAUGCUUCUGAACCCGUGCAUCCUGCUGGACUACGGUGUUACAUCAGUAAAAAACGUAAACCUAGCAGUCCUGCUCCGCACAUGGUAAAAGAACCUAAGCAAAAUAAAAUUGAAUCGGUAGUGCUACAAAGAGAAUCUGACAGCUGGAAAACUGUACCUGCAGGCAAGAAAUCAAAGUCAGCUUCAAAAUCAUCCGAGUCCGAGUCGGAGAAAAUUGAAACUGUUCAAGAGUCUACGGUUAAAAACCAAGUACCUGCAACGGAAACGACGAGUGCGCUUGCCACAAAGUCAGAUCAAGAGGUACCAAAACAACCUACUGCGGCUGCAACUGAAGACAUUGUGCAGGAGAAAGAAGUAGGUUCAAAAGCCGAUGAUGGUCGGCAGGGUGAGACAUCCGGCACAAACAAAUUUAAUAUAUUGCCCUUGAUUCCAUUGGCGGCAGAUGAGAUCAAAACUGAACCGACUGAGGAAGAACCACCUCCUGCACUUGCAUCUGUCACUAAAGAAAGUUCUGCUGGACCUUCGGCGGACCUAAAUACUAGCAACAAUUCAGUUGCUAUUGAUAGUACACUAUCAAGUACAUCUCUACCAUUACUGCCGAUUAAAUCAGAGCCUGUAUCCGAUGAUGAAAGUCCUUCGACAAAUACUCAGCUCAUCGUUUCAAACACACCUCAGUCGUCUAAUCAGCCAACUGAAAGCGAAAAUCAAGUUGUCAUACGUACUAGCAAUCGGAUAAUGGUUAAGGAUAUCAACAAACUCACUAGUAACGUUGCGACCAGAGCAAGUACGGUGUUAAAUAACAAUGGGCAACCUGUGGUUCUCACGCCGGUGGAUAAAGCGAAGGUAACGCAAAUGUUUAUGCCUAAACCGCCAGUAGUUAUCCAAGCAAAAGCUCGUAAGCCAGGCCCAAAUCAGUCUGCAGCUAUACAAAAUGUUCCGACUCUAAAAAGAUCUAUCGCUGUAGCAGGAGGUGGACUUCCUGGCUCGCUGCCUGGUCUAGGGAGCAAUAAUUUCCAAGCUGGUAGAAGUACAGGUAAUAUGAUGCAUAUGGUUCACAUUCCUAGUCCGCUUCCGAUGGCAAACGAUCAAGCAGGACGAAUUGCCCAAUCCAACGGUACGGUGCCACCGCAGCCUCGUCAACAGCAACCAUCUGCAACAGCUACUAGUAGUAAUGAAUCACCAAUGUCGCCCACCGUUAAUAAUCCAACUCAACAAGCAACAACCUCGGGUCAGGCGAAUGCUGGGAAUGCAACUGCAUCGGCCCCGGGUUCAUCUUCUGAUGCGACUAGAUCUGUCGAAGGGGAGCAUAUGAUGUCUGGUUUCAUUACACCUAGCCUUGCGGCUGCGGUUACCGAAACCAUUGUAUCCACCCCACCCAAAUUACAAUCGCGACCGAGCGGUACACUACGUUCGGAAGGAGAUUGUGUAUAUCCAUCUGGAGCUGGACCAGUUUCACAAAUACUAAUAAAUAAUUCCUACAAGAUGGCAGAUUUCUUCCGAUCUGUGAUCGAAGAUACGCUUGCCGAUCUUUCCAACAACAGUGGCGCCCUGGAGGCAAAAGUCAAAGUGUUGGAACUGGAAAUAGAGAAACUCAAGCACUGCCAUCAGCAGGAAAUUACCAAACUGAAGCACAAUUCCGACAUGGUGUUGUGUGAGAUGCGCAAAAAUAUGGAACUGGAGAAAACGCGUAUCAUAAACGAAGUCCGCAAGCAAUGCGAGAUCGAACGGAUUCGUUCGGUCGAGGAAGCAAAGAAGAAACAGUGGUGCGUCAAUUGUGGCAAGGAAGCGUUGUUCUACUGCUGUUGGAAUACAUCCUACUGUGAUUAUCCUUGCCAACAGCAGCACUGGGCUACGCACAUGAACCACUGCACGCAGAGCCAGUUCAACCUACCGAGCAACGCGCUUGCAUCCAAGCCAUCGACUGUGAUCAAUAGCAAGCUGACAGCCCAGCAUAUCACCACGCCGAAAAUUACGACCGUGCAGACAUUGAAUCUGAAUGGGCGCUCCGGACUGACGAUACAGCCUACAUCACAAGUACAACAACAGCAACAGCAGCAGCAACUGAUAAUAACCUCGACAAGGGGCGGAGCUCAACUUGGCAAAGGACAACCCUUCCAGCGCUUGAUGCUUAAUCCCGUCUCCGGAGGUCCACCUUCAUAUACCAUCGUUAGUAACGCUCCGAGCAAAUGGCCGCACCAGCCAAACGCACUAACUGCCACUAUUAAUUCCGUUGAGCAAAAGGUCGUAACGUGUUCUGCCGUCACACCUACUCCAGUCGGUUUACUGGCCAGUUCCAGUGUGGUUGCGGCGGCAGUUUCCGGAGGAGUACUAGGGCGGCCAAGCAGCGCAAAGUCCGUUGCAAGCGAAAAGUUUGUCAUCGGUGCCAAGUAAACGCUGAUCAGGCUGACCUGUCCCAUCGCAUCGGUUGGUGUUUGUACAUGUGUAAGUAUGUUCUUCUACGGGUAUACCUCGAUCUGACGUCCGACGUGAACCAACAACACCAUCUAUUGGUAAUGCUGAUCGAUAAAAUCGAGGUAUACCUGUGUUUUUUAAGUCAUAACAAAUGCUCGGUGGUCUUUUGUUUGAGAAUUUCGAACAAAAUAAUUCACACGUGUAAAAUUAGACAUAAGCUGUGUUUGUUUUAAUCGCUGGCAAUGAAACAUUUUUUUUUAAUUUUUAAAAUUGUAUCGCAUAAUAACAUGAGAGUGAGAUUGCAUGGUACAUGUGAGGAUAAUAGGAUAAUGAUCUACUCAGCAUCGAUUAAUAAAAUACGUUCACAUACUAUUCUGCAUAA